AUGUCCGAUGUCUUCAAUGUUAAACACUUCCACAGACCUGAUGAUGAACCGACUGAUCAGGCUGAGAUUCAAACUGGCAAUCCUACAAGCAAAAAGAAAGGUCCUAGGAAGCGACGUGGACCUCUAGACCCAGCUUUAGAGGAGCUCACAGACGAGUUGGUGUUCAUAUUUGAUUUACAUUGCAAAGAACUCUUUGGGGAUGAUGGCUAUUGUGAAAGUGAAGAUUACUUCGGCCUGGACCAAGCAAAGAAAAUUGUAGAAAACCUUGAUGAUGUGAACUCUCCCGAAGACAUUGAAGAGACUAUGGGGGGUGAUAUCAUUGAGGGUGGUGUGGAUGCUGUUUUUGAGUACAUUCAAGAAUGGAAGACCCGAGAUACAGCAAUUGACUACACAAGGAAGAUGGAAAGGAUGAGAGAGGAAAUUAAAAAAACUGAGGAACAGCAAGCACUGAAAAUCAUUACUUCAGUUGAUGUCAUAUCAACAACAUUUCCAGCUGGUCCUGUUCAAAAGAAAACACGACGAACAUCAGAACAAGUGAAGGCGGAUAAAGAGGCAGCAAGUCGAAAACAUGAAUACAAUCAGCGUUGUAUAGAUUGGAUGAAGUUUGACAGGGUGCCCAAAAGCAAACUUGAUGCAAGAGAGAAAGCUUACCAAGAGAGCUUAGAAAUACCUAGUAGAUUGAUGUCUGAAAUCGGUCCAUCUGUUCCAGUAGAGUCAGGUUUGGAUCCUAAGAGACCUUCACAUGCAGCCAUGUUCAAGAAUCACAUCAUAGAAGCUGGAGUCAAUUUGUUCUUAUGUGACUGGCGAACGUUAUUGAGACCAGCUCGGCCUUUCAUCUUAUUGACCAACUCUGAAAGCUGGAUGCUCAUCAAUUAUCAGCCAGAUGUGUAA